AUGCCUCAGCCCAAUGCCCCACACCGACGUGCGGCGCGCCUGUCUGCGCACUUGAUCCCCCGCUUUUGCGGAGGUGAGCGCGGUGGCUGCGGAUGCAACACACCUCGGCGGCAACGCUUGGCUCCCCAUAUUUGCCGCAACGAUCCUGCAACGGGCUAUAACUGGAGGGACGUUCAUGCUGAUCUCGAAGCUGGAGUCUAUGCAGGAUGCUACGGCUGGGACCAUGCUGCCUAUUGGGGUAUUGCCGAGGCCAAGGCAGGUGUUGACUUGAAGGAGUGGUACAAGACACGGACAGAGGCCGAGUUCUACUUGCCGGAAUUCAAAGAAUUGAUUGAUGAUCCCGCGACUCACAAGGAUUGGGAUCGCAUCUCGACGUUUGAUCCUUUGGGAAUGACGGCCCACCCGCCUACGAUCGCCGCAUGCAAAGCCAAGCUGGACAUCCCAGAGCUGAAGGACCUCCAUAUGGAUGGUGAGAUCGUCCUGCCCUCGAAUGAGAUUGUCACCUCAAAGUGUGCAAUCAGCUAUGCCUGGAACAUACCUCUCAUGGCGGACAGGGUAGGCCUCAGUGAACAAGAGCUGCGAGAAGCGCUGCACAAGUUCUCCUACGACAGCCGCCUGUUGGAUCCGAAAGUGAAAACCUACCUUCCAGCUGUGGGCGGGCUUACCAUCUACACAUUUGGGGAUGCACGAAAACUCAAGGACGAACGUACCGAGGUGUGCGUGCGAGUUCAUGAUGAGUGCAUUGGUUCUGAUGUCUUUGGCAGCGACAUCUGCAGCUGCCGCCCUUACCUCAUCUUUGCUCUCCGGGAGGCUGUGGAGUGUGCUCAGCGGGGUGGGGUCGGCGUGGUCAUUUACUUCCGAAAGGAGGGACGUAGCCUAGGCGAAGUGAUCAAAUUCAGGGUGUACAAUGCUCGUGUGAAUCAAGACGGGGGGGACCGCCCAGAGAUGUACUUCCACCACACAGAGGCCAUUGCAGGCAUCCGAGAUGCUCGCUUCCAAACCAUGAUGCCCGACGCUUUGAACUGGAUGGGGAUCCGGCGCAUUGAUCUCCUGUGCUCAAUGAGCAAUGAGAAGUACGAAGCCAUCACCGGCGCCGGUAUUCAGGUAAUGAAGAGAGUGGACCUACCCGACGACUACAUCAAAGACAGUAUGCGGGUGGAGCUGGAUGCCAAAAUUGCAAGUGGAUAUCACUCCGAUAAAGUGGAGGAAACGAGCAGCUGA